CAGGGACCCCGGGGCCUGGGGCAGGGUGGGGUUAUGGUCCAAGACAUCUCAGGAGAUCUGUCAGGACACAUUCCCACUCCUCUCCCCACAGAUGCCACCAUCACCCAAACACAGACUGAGGAAGGGGUACAGCUGAACCCCCAGAGCAGGCAGGAUGAAGACCCCCAUGGAGCAACCUAUGCCCAGGUGAAGCACGCAGGACUCAGGCGGGAAGUGGCCUCCUGUACCCCACUUUCUGGAGCUCGGCCGAAUGCACAGGACCAACAAACAGAAGAGGACACACAGGCACGUGGGCAGGCAGAAGCAUCGGAGGCCCCCCUGGAAGUGACCUACGCGCAGCUGAAACACCUAGAUACUGCACAGGAGAGCACAGCGCCCCCUUCCUCCACGUCAGGGGACUCCCCAGAGGAGCCCAGCGUGUAUGCUGCUCUGGCUUUCCACUAGUCCAGCAAGGACCCAGACUGGUCCAGGACCCCAGGA